AUGGAUUGUAAGUGGUUUUGGGUGUUCUUUGUAAUGAUGUUGGUUUCUUUAGGAGAGGGGUGUUGGGAGGAAGAGAGAACUGCUCUCUUGCAACUUAAACAUUUCUUCCCUAAUUCUUAUGGGUAUUUUUACAAUUGGGUGAAGAAUUCAGAGUGUUGUAGAUGGGAACGUGUUAUGUGUGACAACAACACUGGAAGAGUCAUCAAACUCCAUCUUUGGGAUGUAAGGGAUUUUAAUUUGGGAGAGUGGUAUCUAAAUGCUUCUUUGUUUUCUCCCUUCCAACAACUACAAUCCCUUAAGUUAAGUGGCAACAAUAUAGCUGGUUGUAUUGAGAAUGAAGGUUUCGAGAGGCUAUCAAGAUUGAGUAAUUUGGAGGAAUUGAAUUUAGCCAGAAACAACUUUAACAACAGCAUCUUAUCAUCUCUAGCUGGUCUUUCCUCAUUAAAGUAUUUAGAUCUAUACCGUAAUAAAUUUAAAGGAGUUGUUAAUAUUGAAGGGUUACAUUCUUUGAAAGAGUUGGACAUGAGGUUAAAUGAGAUUGAUCAUUUUGUCAGCCCCAAAGGUUUGAGUAACUUGGAGGUUAUCGAUCUAAGUUAUAACAACCUUAGCAAUAGUAUAUUAUCAUCUUUGGGUGGUCUCUCUUCAUUAAAAUCUUUGCAGCUAGAAGAUAUUGGAUUGAAUGGAACUGUUGACGUUGAAGGAUUAUGUUCCUUGAAAAACUUAGAGGAAUUGUACAUGGGCCGGAAUAAGAUUGAUAAAUUUGUCAACUCCAAAGAUUAUAGAGGCUUGAAGAAGUUGAAUGCCCUUUCUCUACAGAGUGGUAUUGAAACCACUAAUGCAACUGUUUUUCUACAAUCAACAUUGAGGUUGUUCCCAUCCUUAAAGAGACUUGACAUUUCAUAUAAUAGUUUUAAUCAAACAAUGAUUGCUCGAGAGUUGCAUAAUUUGACCACCUUGGAAGAAUUGAUCUUGGAUGAGUCAAAGCUCCACAUAAGCUUUCUACAAACUGUUGCAACUUGUACUUCACUGAAAAAUUUGUCAAUGUUCAAUUGUGAACUCAAUGGCUUCUCGCCUAAUCAUGGUUCUAUUUAUUUCAAAAAUUUGGAACGUUUGGGCAUGGAGCGAACUACUCUCAACAACAGCUUUUCUCAAAUCUUUAAACCGAUAAUUUCUCUUAAGAAAUUAUCUUUGUCUAAUUGCGGACUCAAUGGCACAUUAUAUGAUCAAGGCUUGUGUGAGAUGGUGCAUUUGCAAGAGUUGAACAUUGACAAUAAUGAUUUGUGGGGUCCCUUACCUCCAUGUUUAGCAAAUUUGACUUCACUUCAUGACUUAGAUAUUUCUACCAAUCAAAUUACUGGAAACAUCUCCUCAUCUGCCCUUAAGGAUCUACCAUCCAUCCAAGCCCUUGACAUUUCAAACAAUCACUUCCAAGUCCCAAUAUCACUCAGUCCAUUUUUCAACCAUUCAAACCUCAAAGAUUUCAAGAGUGAAAAUAACCAAAUAUAUGUUGAAACCAUGUCAUAUUCUUUGACCCCAAAAUUCCAAUUAAAUUCCAUCACGUUGGCUGGUUGUGGAAUUGUUAGUCCUUUUCCCAAAUUUCUUUACCAUCAACAUAACUUACAAGAAGUUUAUCUCUCCCACAUGAACUUGAGUGGAGAAUUUCCGUAUUGGUUGUUGUCUAACAAUACCCAACUAGAAUCACUUUUUCUAGUUAAUAAUUCUUUUUCAGGAACUUUCCUAUUGCCAUCUCAAUCCCAUAUGCAUUUAGGAAGCUUAGACAUCUCCAUCAAUUCCUUUCAUGGCCAAAUUCCAAUAGAGAUUGGUGCAAAACUACCAAAGCUAUUCUAUUUCAACAUUUCUGGAAAUUCUUUCAAUGGUAGCAUUCCAUCUUCUUUUGGUAAUAUGAGCUCCUUGCAAUAUUUGGACUUAUCAAACAAUAAGUUGGCUGGCGGAAUACCUGAGCACUUGGCUGUAGGGUGCUUCUCACUAGAACUCUUGGUGUUAUCAAACAACAAUUUGCAAGGUCAUAUCUUCUCUAAUAAUAUGAACUUGACAAAUUUAGAAGUAUUACAAUUGGAUGGUAAUCAUUUUAGUGGAGAGAUCCCAAAAAGCUUGUUAAAUUGCAGUUUUUUAAGAGUAUUGUAUCUCAAUGAUAACCAUCUCUCAGGCAAGAUCCCAAGAUGGAUUGGAAAUCUAUCAAUUUUAGGAGUUAUUGCAAUGCAAAAUAAUACGCUUGAAGGUCCAAUUCCAAAAGAACUAUGUCAAAUUGAUUAUCUUCAAAUUUUGGACCUUUCAGUAAACAAUAUCUCUGGUAGUUUUCCAUCUUGUUUUAACCUUUCAAGAUUUAAGCAAGUUCACUUGUCAAGAAAUAGAUUGCAAGGACAACUAAAUGAUGUUGUCUACAUUAAUAGUUCUCAGCUGGUGGUCUUAGAUCUUAGCUAUAACCACUUGAAAGGGAAUAUUCCAAGUUGGAUUGGCAAACUCUCUUCUUUAGGUUACCUUAUCUUAGGUAACAAUCAUCUCGAAGGUGAAUUACCUACUCAAUUGUGCAAUCUCACAGAACUACGCUUGCUAGAUCUCUCUCAAAACAGUCUCUAUGGUAAAAUUCCUUCUUGCUUGGAUUUCACUGCCCUUCAUGAAGAAAAUGGGAAUGAUACAACUAUAACGUCUGCUAUUUUGGAUAUAUAUAUGAGUUCUUAUUCAAGUAGUACUCAAUUCCAAAGCGAAGCAUCUAUACAGUUCAGAACAAAAAGUAUAUCCUACUCCUACAAGGGAAGAAUCCUCACAUUUAUGUCUGGAAUUGAUCUUUCUUGCAAUAAAUUAUUCGGUGAAAUUUCUCCUCAAAUUGGAAACCUAACCGCGAUUCACACUCUUAAUCUUUCUCACAAUAAUUUGACAGGCUCAAUCCCAAUAACAUUUUCAAAUCUCAAACAAAUUGAGAGCUUGGAUCUUUCUUACAACAAUUUGAAUGGAAAAAUUCCCUCUGAACUAGUAGAGAUAUACACAUUGUCUGUUUUCAGUGUGGCACACAAUAAUUUGUCAGGAAAAACACCUGAAAGGAUUAAUCAAUUUGCAACCUUUGAAGAAGGUAGCUAUAAAGGAAACCCUUUUCUUUGUGGCCCGCCUUUGAACAAAAGUUGCAACCCAAUGGAAUCACCAUCAUCAACACGAGGAGCUUCAACUGACAGCAAAGAAGAUUGUCAUUUUGUUGACGUGGACAUCUUCUAUAUCACUUUUGUGGUGACCUACAUAGUUGUGCUUUUAGUGAUUGCUGGAAUUUUGUAUGUGAAUCCUUAUUGGAGACGAACAUGGUUUUAUCUUGUGGAGAAGUGGAUGAUCUCCUGUUACUAUUUUGUUAUUGACCAUCUCCAAUAAUUUCGUGGUUGAAAUAUGAUUGUAAUAUUACAUGUAUAUGUCAACUUUUUCUUUUU